AUGGCGACCCCGCCUCCCGAGGCUACUCCUGUUAUGAAGGAGGAGAAGCCUCAGCUUGCGCCUUCCCCGACUGGAAAAUCUGCGCCUGAUGCCGCCCCUACCAGCGUUCAAGCUGCAGCUGGAGAGAUCAAAUCAGAUGUCCCUAUCAGCGCAACUGAGAGCAACGGAAGCGCGAUGAACGGCCAUACCCCCCACGAGUCUUCAAUUACUAAUGGCACUGGCAAUGCUACAUCCCCCCCGAAGUCACCUGUCCCUGCGCCUUCAGCGGACUCUCCCGCACCACCCGCGCCACCCGCGCCGGCUCAGAGCGAGACACCAGUGACGGCUGAACCAAACCCAACUGAAGAAGUGAAGCAAGAAACUAAGGCUCCCGAGGAGGCAACUUUGCCCGCUCAGCCGCAGGCCUCAGAGUCCGCUACUCCGGCUGCUGUUACCGAAUCUGCGGACAAGACGACCUCCACCCCGCCACCCGUCCCUGCAACUGGUGUGACCUCAGGACCACUUGACGGCGCAGCCGACAUUCCCGACAAGAUGGCUAUCGAUAGUCUGCAGAACGCACCUGCACCUGUGAGCACCGAGCUUCCUCACCACUCCACUGAAUCCGCAACCCCCAGUCUGCCACCUCUCCAGACAGAUCACGAAAUGAAGGACGCUCCCAGCGCUCCUCACUCUCCUUCCAAGGUUUCUCGCGAACGCGAGGCGGAUCCCGCGGAGGAGCCAGCUGCCAAACGUACCAAGGUCGAGGGCGAGGAUGCGGCACCAGUCGACUUCAAAGUCCCUACGCUGCCAACCCCCGCUGCCGAGACUCCCGGUCCGAUGCCUGCAGGUGGCCAGUCCGGACUCACUAAGAUGCAGCACAAGUUCAUCUCCAAGAGCCUGUCAAGCCUGAAGCGCAUGCAUGACUCGCGCUUCUAUCGCGAACCCGUGGAUCCCAUCAGGCUGAACAUUCCGAACUACACUAGUGUCAUCACCCACCCCAUGGACUUGAGCACCAUGGAAAGGAAGCUCAAGGGUAACGAGUACUCGUCUCCCCAGGCGGUUGCUGAUGAUUUCGCUCUGAUGGUUGGGAACUCUCUCACCUUCAACGGCCCCGAUCACCUGGUUGCCCAGGAGGGUCAGAAGCUGCAAGCCACGUUCAAGAAGCAGAUGCUGAACAUCCCCAAGCCUGAUGAGGUGGAGGAGAAGAAGCCGAAGAAGGUGACAGAGAAGACCUCGGCUGCUCGCCGGGAGCCUCGCACGUCCACUGGUAGCCAGCCUGCCAAGGCCACUUCUCCCCAGAGCACCACGUUUGCACUGGGCCCGGAGGGACUGCCUGUCAUUCGUCGUGACUCCACGAACCCUGACGGCCGUCCCAAGCGUUCAAUUCACCCUCCUAAGCGGGAUCUUCCCUACUCCACCAAACCGAAAAAGAAGAAGUACCAGUGGGAAUUGCGGUUCUGCCAGGAGGUUCUCGACGAGCUCCACAAGCCCAAGUACCAGCUAAUUGCAUGGGCUUUUUACCAGCCCGUGGAUCCCGUUGCCCUCAACAUCCCCACCUACCAUAGCGUGAUCAAGAAGCCUAUGGACCUGUCUACCAUUCAGUCCAAAUUGAAGACUGGCCAGUAUGAAAAUGCCAAAGAGUUCGAGUCUGACGUGAGGCUCAUGUUCAAGAACUGCUACCGGUUCAACAUUGCCGGAGAUCCCACCUACGCGGCUGGACAGCAACUGGAAGCGGUUUUCGAUGAGAAAUGGGAGCAGAAGGCCGAAUAUCUGGAGAAGCACGAGCCGAGUCACGAUCAGCAGACCGACGACUCCGACGAGGACAGUGACGAGGAGAGCGAGGAGGAGGAUGAGGACACUGAGAAACUCACUCUCCUGCAGCGCCAGAUCGCUGAGAUGUCUCGCCAAGUCGAAAUGAUCACCAACAAGAAGAAGAAGACUCCUCCGUCGUCCAAGAAGGCUGGCAGCAAGGCCAAGUCUGGUAAGAAGGACGGUAAGAAGAGCGGCAGCAAGAAGGAAAAGAAGACCAAGACCAGCUUCAAGCCGGAGAAGGCGCGCUUCGUCACAUACCAUGAGAAGCAGGUCAUCUCCAACGGCAUCAGUAGCCUUCCCGACAAGAAGAUGCAGGAAGCCCUCAAGAUCAUUCAGAACAACGUUCCUGCUCUGAAGGGUACCCAAGAGGCUGAGAUUGAACUGGACAUCGAUGAACUGCCUAAUGAUGUGCUGUUGAUGCUUCUCAAGUUCGUCAAGAAGAACGUUCCUCACCUUAUGGACGACGAGGAUUCUGCUCCCGCCAGCAACGUCGCACCCUCCAAGCCUAAGAAGAACAAGCCAAUGAGCAAGAACGAGCAGGAGGCUCAGAUCACCAUGCUGGAGAGCAACCUGUCUCGUUUCCAGGGCGGUGGCUCCCCUAUCCCGGUCCCCUCCGUCGAACCCAACGAGUCCAGCGAGGACGAGUCUGACGACGACGAUUCGGAGGAGAGCGAGGAGGAGUAG